GAAGCACAAAAACACUCUCUGUGCUUAAAUUACACUAGGGCCGCUUUUCUUUACUUCAUUUCUGGCUUCUCUUCUUGCUUCACGUUCCUCGUUCCUUUUCUCUACCAGCUUGUUCUCUGGAGCUCCGUUUCCGAUGGCUGCAGUUGCCGGAUCCAACGUCCUUGCUUUCAGAUCCGUCGCGAAAUUAGGAGAUUCCUGUGACAGAAAAAUCGUUCAGGCUAGGCAAUGGUCUCCUAUUUCCAGCGCAGUAGGAUCGGUUCACUCUUGGCCUCGGAUUGGUCUUCAGUGCAGAUUGAGGAGCUCGAUUUCGUCCUCGGGGGGAAGAGUUCAGGUUGCCACUAUUGAACAAGCUAGCACCGAAGAUGGUCAAAAAGUAGAAGCUCCAGUAGCAAUAGUAACUGGAGCCUCUAGAGGAAUUGGUAGAGCAAUUGCAUUGGCCUUGGGGAAAGCAGGCUGCAAGGUUAGUGGGUUCCCCUUCUUAGCUUCUUAGUUACUUUUUGCUAGGGAAGCUUUUGCUCUCCCAUUAACUCUACUGUGAAUUUUUUUGGGGUUGCAUCCUUGGAUACUUUGUGGUAUAAUCUUUAAAUUACAUCAGUGAGUGAGUUAAAAAAGCAUUUAGGCACUUUUAGACUCUCAGUUUCGAUCUUAUUCUUUAUCUAGACCAAGGGACGAUAUCAGUCACGUACAUCACCAAAAGCAAGCAAGUCAUAAUUACCAUGAUAUACAUUUAACUAUGUUUUUCUAUUCUUGUUUAAGUGUCAUACAUCUAGCCAAAGUGUUGUUUGCUUUCCUGAGGCCUGUCAUUCCUGAUUGCAGACAGCAAUUCACCCUGUGUUCUUGUGAUAAUUACGGAUUCUUAUAUUAUUGCAGGUCCUUGUAAAUUAUGCUAGGUCAUCAAAGGAGGCAGAGGAAGUUUCUAAAGAGGUUAAGUUUUUCCUUUUAUGAAGAAAUUUAGAUGAAUAUU